UCCAGGUUUGGUCUGGGAGCCGGGCAACUCGCGGAUUUCCCCGCCCCACAGUUCUGGCUAGAGUCCCGGUGCGCACGGACGUGGCUCGAGUUUCCUCCGCUCUAGGCUCCUGCUUGCUUUCCCCUCUCUCGCUCCUCCUUCUCUCCGGGUCUCCCGCUCCAGUUCCACCGGGUCGGCCCCGCACGGCUCCGGGAAGCCAUGGAGGAUGUCACGCUCCAUAUCGUCGAGCGGCCGUAUUCCGGAUAUCCCGAUGCUUCCUCCGAGGGCCCGGAGUCCACCCCAGGGGAGGCACGGGCCACGGAGGAGCCGUCGGGGACCGGUUCCGACGAGCUGAUCAAGUCGGACCAGGUAAACGGUGUACUGGUGCUGAGCCUUCUGGAUAAAAUCAUCGGCGCCGUUGACCAGAUCCAGCUGACCCAAGCCCAGCUGGAAGAGCGACAGGCGGAGAUGGAGGGCGCUGUGCAGAGCAUCCAGGGAGAGCUGAGCAAGCUGGGCAAGGCGCACGCCACCACCAGCAACACCGUGAGCAAGUUGCUGGAGAAGGUGCGCAAGGUCAGCGUCAACGUGAAGACGGUGCGCGGCAGCCUGGAGCGCCAGGCCGGCCAGAUAAAGAAACUGGAGGUCAACGAGGCGGAGCUGCUGCGGCGCCGCAACUUCAAAGUCAUGAUCUACCAGGAUGAAGUCAAGCUGCCGGCCAAACUGAGCGUCAGCAAGUCUCUGAAAGAGUCGGAGGCACUGCCGGAGAAGGAGGGCGAUGAGCUGGGCGAGGGCGAGCGGCCGGAGGAGGACGCCGCGGCGAUCGAGCUGUCGUCUGACGAGGCGGUGGAGGUGGAGGAGGUGAUCGAGGAGUCCCGCGCCGAGCGCAUCAAGCGCAGCGGCCUGCGGCGCGUGGACGACUUCAAGAAGGCCUUCUCCAAGGAGAAGAUGGAGAAGACCAAGGUGCGCACGCGCGAGAACCUGGAGAAGACGCGCCUGAAGACUAAGGAGAACCUGGAGAAGACGCGGCACACGCUGGAGAAGCGCAUGAACAAGCUGGGCACGCGCCUGGUGCCCGUGGAGCGACGCGAGAAGCUGAAGACGUCGCGCGACAAGCUGCGCAAGUCCUUCACGCCCGACCACGUGGUGUACGCGCGCUCCAAGACCGCCGUCUACAAGGUGCCGCCCUUUACCUUCCACGUCAAGAAGAUCCGCGAGGGCGAGGUGGAGGUGCUGAAGGCCACCGAGAUGGUGGAGGUGGGUCCCGAUGACGACGAGGUUGGCGCGGAGCGCGGCGAGGCCACUGACCUGCUGCGCGGGAGCAGCCCCGAUGUGCACACGCUGCUGGAGAUCACCGAGGAGUCGGACGCCGUCCUGGUGGACAAGAGCGACAGCGACUGAGCAGGACUCACGGGGCUCUGCCCUGGAGGCCGGUGCCUGAUCCUGUCCUCCCUGACCCCCACUCCUGCCCAACGCCUUUCUCAUUUCAAACUUUCUCUUUUGCAUUCUAAGCCCCAGUCUGGUUGGGCUUUUCUUCUUUCUUUCUUUUUUUCUUUUUUUCUUUCUUUUUUUUUUAAAGCGGGGAAAUCAUAUCCCCUGGAAGAGCAGCCUUCCAAAGCAUAGGCCUUAGACCGAGGGAUAGAUGGUCUCUCACCAUGGACAGCCUCAAUUUGAACACAGUCUGGGUAGGAUAUGGAAGAAUGACCCAUGCCCUGGUUGUCCUGCUCCAGGAUGCUUUUUCUAAGCUCCCUAGUUAGGCCCUGUCAGAGGCCUGCCCCUCCCCAACACAGCUUCAUACUAAGUUGCACCACCCCUGCUUCCUGAGCUGUUUCUCCUUUUCCUCACCCUGGGAGACUCCAAAGCCAAAAUUGCAGCAAGAGAAAAGAGCGAAUCCUAAAGACAACCCUUGUAGGGGCAGCUUUCUAGUGCCUGCUUGCUCUCCCAGUUACCUGAGAGGCUGAGGCAGGAGAUUUGCAAGUUCAAGACCUGCCUGGGUUGCAGAGUGAGCUCAAAGCCAGCCUGAGUAAUUUAUCGAGACGCUGUUUCAAAAUAAGGGCAGUUCAAAGUACCACGAAGAUAAAAUGUGUGUAGGGAGACCUUUGCUCACACGGGAGGUGGCUCACGGGAAGACCUGAGGGUCUUUGGAGAAAUCUAAGGCAAUACGGUGGGUGAAGGCAGAGUGUUACCCUGGAUAAAGGUCUCACCGAAGUAAGCAGGAGGUGAGUUGAGCCUAGGAAAGGAUGGGAAGUGUGUCAGGAGAGAAGCACAUUUACAAAUCUACAAAAUCUGCACACAGGAGCACGUUGAGUAUGGCUUUGGGAAGAGAUAGGAAGAUAGGAGAGGUUGAAAUGAAAUAAGAAAGAAAUGCCCUCAUUAGCCACACAAAGAAAUUCAAGACAAGAGUUCCGCUUUGGUAAGAUCUCAGGACAGCAGGACAGUCUCUGGAUCUGGAGGGCAGUCAGUUCUAGAAAGUGUGUUCCAAAGAGAAGUAAGCCGGACUGGAUUCUCUCUUCCAGGAUCUGGGAACUGCCUUCUGGGAAGUCUUGUUUUCCGAGCCCAGAAAAUUAGCGUUCCAGCAGGGGGCAGCAGCGAGCUGUGGAGGGCUGGCCGGUGGAAGGGAGAAGGCAAGGUGCUAAAGGCCAGGCCUCUGGUGGCGAUCCCUAGCCGGAAACUGGGGAAGUAGGGCCUGCUGGCUUGCUCACCCUAACUCCCUCUCAGCUGCUUCUAGCAUGGAUCUUUCCCUAAUGUAAAACUGUAGAGCUUGCCUCCCUAAGUUCCUUGCUUUUGUGGGCACCUUUAUCUGAAAGUUAGGGAGGGUGGGGUGCUACUUCUUGUCCAAGGCUUGAUUUCUAUAGUUACUGACCAGGUUUUCUCCUGAGGACACAUUGAUUCCCCCUUUAAAGGCUGGUCAGGAGCAAAGGCAACACCUCCCCCAAAUGAUAGCUACAGGCUACUUCCUUCUCCCCAACGACACAUCUUCCCUGCUUUUUAGAAUUGCAGCUAAUUGAUUACUUUUUUUUGGGGGGGGGGAGAUGGAAACCACAAACCUUUUAUACAAUACGAAGCUUUGCUUUUUAUUUUUUAUUUUUAAUUUUCCUUUAUUUUUCUUGGUCCCCUUCCCUCCUCUGAUUGGAGACAGAUAAGCUGAGGAGGGUGGGCAGAUGCAGGAUGAGGUCCCCUGUGCUGAUGGGCUAACACUGUGGGCAGAUACAGUUUCCUGUGGGCUCUAGGGGAGCUCCUCGAGUUGCUGUGUUCUGGUGAGCAGCCGGACCAAUAAACCUGCUUUUCUAAAAGGA